ACGCCAGCUGUAAUCAGUCUGAUGCGCACUUCGACUGCGACGCGUACCUCAAGUGAAGUCCCGCUAAAGCGUUUUGAUGAGGAUAAUGAAGUUGAAGGCAGAGAGUUGGUUCUGCGCGGCGGAAAGCUAUCGCCUCGCUCAUCGCCAGCGUCCGAUCCAUCAGAAAGACGACGGCGUCAGCCUAUUAAUCCUAUACCUGUAUCUUCUGCACAUGUAGACCAGAAGGACGGUGCUCAACGUGUGACAGCCGGUAACGUCCGCAUCCAGAAUUCCACAAGCGCAAAGUAUGGUUCUCAGACGCUCGAAAACCCCUCCGCCACCAACUUUCUCACAAACAGCGCGCCAAUCUACAAUCAGAAUGUGAACAGCGGAGACGGCCAGCAGAACAUCAAAGUUAAUGGCGAUUUCGAGGUUCAGUCGUCUUAUACUCCUACUGCCGCACCACCUGAGCAUGAGAUCCCUUUCGAAUCUGAGCACAAUCAGAAACGAGGCAGCGGGCUGCAGAACUCUAAUGUUUCGAACGGCAUCAAGAACAAGACGGCUGGUGAUGACAGACCUAAUGGUUACAGUCAGACCUUGGAAGACCCACAUGGUCGACAAAUCCUCCGGCUGAAGAGUAAGCAGUAUUACAAAACAUCCACCAAUGUGUUAAGAGAGCGAUGCUCGUCUCCGUCGCGCAUACUGCGGCCGUUUUACUUCAACAACAUGUACAUCAUACUGCUUUCGUACCAGCUUACCGAUAAGUUGGUCAAGAAAUCUCCGGCGAACCUCUUGGUAUUCCCCCUUUCGCUCAAGACCGCAACAAAGAUGGGUGCUUUAGGAUGGCUCAAGUCUGGUGAUACCGGUGAUGCGACGAAGGCGAUGGAGAGGAAACUCGUUAUGAAGCUUGACAUCUUCAUCAUGGUGUAUUGCUGUGCAUGCUACUUCUUCAAUUACCUCGAUCGUCAAGCUUUCGCCAAUGCCUACGUCGCUGGCUUGCGGGAAGAUGUCAACCUGCAAGGCAAUCAGUACAGCAUUCUGCUGUCGAUAUUCACUGCAGGCAUGGUUGUUGGCCAAAUUCCCCAUGGGCUUAUCAUCCAGAAGGUUCGCCCCAGCAUCUGGCUCCCUCUCACCCUCCUCCUCUGGUCCGGCCUGACUAUGUGUUCGGCGGCAUGCAAAACAUACGAACAGCUCUGCGCAGUACGUUUCUUCCAGGGCUUGAUGGAAGCCAGUUUAUACAGUGGUACAAUAUAUGUGUUGGGUUCAUGGUACAAGCCUUCCGAGAUCGCCAAACGAACCGCCAUCUUCACCGCGGUUGGACAGGUUGGAAGCAUGUUCGCAGGUAUAAUGAUGACAGCCAUGCAUAAGACCAUGGAAGGUAGAGGUGGCUUGAAAGGCUGGCAAUGGGUAUUCCUUAUCGAUGGCCUGAUGGGAAUACCAGUCGGUCUUUUCGGCUUCUUCACAUUCCCCGACCUUCCAGAGUCGACAAGAGUUACCUAUAUUAAUCAGCAAGAAAGGCAGCUCGCCAUUGCUCGCCUGCCACCGAAAACGGCAAAUACCCACAGUAUCGAGAUCAGGAGCCUUGCUAAGCGUCUUCUCUUAACACCAACUAUAUAUAUCCUCACGGCCUUCUCGGUCAUUUGCGCCAUGACGGAAGCCUUCGCCUUCCAGGGCAUGUUUCUCCUCUGGCUCAAGCACAACAAAGCUCGCUUCUCUCAGUCUGCGAUCAACACUUACCCUCUUGGUAUCCAGGCUGUUGCAAUCGUCUCUCAGAUUGUUGCUGGAACAUUCAUCGACCGUACUGGCCAUCGUUUGCCCAUGGUCGUUCUCGCUGGAGCGAUGCAACUCGUCACGGCAUCGCUUCUGCUAGUGCGAGACCUUCCAGAUGCAGGCAUUUUUACAGCGCACUACAUCAGCGGCACGAGUUUUAUCGUGAAUCCUGUUCUAUAUGGAUGGGCGACUACAAUCUGCCAGAGAGCCGGUGACGAUGCUGUCAGGAGUGUGACGCUGUAUACGAUGAAUCUCGGUGGACAGAUUUUGUACACGUGGUGGGGUAUUGUUAUGUACCCGGCAACAGAUGUACCAUAUUGGAAGAAGGGCAGUAUCACCAUGAUCGUGGUGGUAUUCGUGUUUAUCGGAUUCGCGUUCGUGGUCAGAUGGCUUGACAGGAAGACAACGGCGGCAGGAGAACGCGAAGCCACUGAGCCUGGAGAGUGCGAAGCGACGGUGGUGUUUGACGAGAAAGCGAAGGCUGGGUAA